AUGACGUUUACGGGAGACUUUACUCGCGCCUGCGCAGUUGCCAAGCCGCCAACAACAAUGUCGGCGCUACAAGCGAACCAGCAACGCAUUAAAUGUGGCGAAGUCUUCAUUUGGGAUUGUGUCGGUGAACUCUUUGCCAUCGAAUGUUUGCUCUGCGAGGAGCAUCCACUUUGCACGCUGUCCGAAUUCGCUGAACACAUGGAUAUUUGGCAUUACGACUGGACGGCUGAGGCGCACGCUUCAUUGCCCGAUACAACAACUACAGCGGAUGGCUGUGAGUUGUUACCCAAGCAAUGGACGGAGAUCGAAAGCUCAGCAGCGGCCGAAGAGCGCCACACUGACAUGCUGAGCGAAAGCAACAACUUUGAAGACAACUACAGCGACUCGGAAACCGUAUCAAUGGCGUCUGAUGCGCCGGAAACUGGGUCAUGGCAUGCAGCCACGCUGCUCGAAAGUGACCACAACGUAGCAAUUGUGCAGAAUGUCACCGCUGUAAGUUCAACUGAAACCUUUGAAGAGCUACCUUACGGCGCAGAGGUUGGAGUGUGGGGCAAUGUGAAUGAUCUGCGCAGCGGAGAGGUGUAUGCAGAACGAGCCCAGAGUAGCGAAACUGAAGAAUUGGCAGCGGACAGCGCGCACGCAAACACAAUGGGUACUAUUGUGAAGAAACGGGUUGAGAAUCCACUACUGAAACGCUUCAAAACCGAGAAAUUAAUAGAAAUUUAUGAAAAAUUUCCCGAACUCUGGCAUAAAGACGAACGCAGUAGCCAAAAAUCCGACACACAAGCGAAGGCAUAUCGCAGCAUUAGCCAGAAACUAAAAAAAGUUGGUAUACACCUUAAAACGGCGGCUGUACAGCGGCGACUUAAUACGCUACGCAAGCGUUAUCGCCUCGAGAAACUGGAGGAACUUAAAGCUCUUUUGAAGGGUCAAAUAUAUGAAAGCAGCUUCCAGUACUAUGCGCAUUUACAAUUCUUGAGGGAGCACAUCGAGCCGCAGUUGUGCAAGAUUUGCAAGCGGAUAUGUAAAGAUGCAAAGGAAUGUUGUGAGGGCGCAGAAGAAACGAGGGCAGAGAAGUUGCCAAUAAGCAAUGAAACAGCAGAAAGCGGAGAUGUGGUUGCUGAAGGAAGGGAAGGAAAUGAGGUACUGUGCGUUGUCAGAGAGCCAAUACAAGAAGAAAAUUCUGAAGAAAGAAACGAGGAAAACGACGAGCUACAAAAUUCUGUUAACGAAAUGACGCUUCAGCUAAGCAAAUCUGCAGCGGAACAGUUCGAGGUUAUGGUCGAAGAAAUAUUGAAAAGUGAGUACGCAAUGCAGGAGGCGAAUUUAGAAACAAGUGAGUUGGAGAUCGAAAGUAAUGAAUUCGAACCAUCAAUGGAACUGGUGUCAGUUGUAGACACCACGAACAAGCUACACGAAGCUACCACGCUCGUAGAACAAGCGAACGGGAGCCUAGAAGAGUCUAUGCUGCAAGAGAACCUCAAAGUAGACAGAAAUCAGAAUGUAAACGUAAAGGAGUCAAGGCUACCGCGACGCUCUUUGCGGAAUAGGAAUAAGAUACAAAUUUUGGAGGUGAUAGAGCUUCCGAGAAUGCAACCUUUCAAGGCACAAGAGCACGCAAUUAGCACAUCGACGCCACAUGACCAACAAGCCGUAGGAAUAAACGAUUGCAGCAAUGCUGACGAGCACAUGGCAUCUGAGGAGUAUGAUUCUUCGAAUGGUGAUUCGGGUAUACUGCGCGAUUACGAUGAACAACCCGAUGCCGAGACAAACCACGCCGACGAGACUGGGUCUUUUGCGCGCCUCACAGCUGAGCAAACGCACAAAUUGAUUGAAUUCUACGGUCAAAAUCCGCUGCUUUGGGACCCCGACCAUGCAGACUUUAGAGCGCGCGCGCGGCGACGUAAUGUUUGGCGUCAAAUAACGGCACAGUUGAAUGCGCAAUUCCAAAAGCGCUACACUUGGACGAAGGUGCACCGCAAAAUGCACGACUACAUCAAGUAUUAUCGGCGUGAGCGACAGCGCAUCGAGCUGGAGGGCGGCUGUACGCGUUGGUGCUUUUAUGAUGACUUUGCUUUUCUCAACGAAGUGCUCGCUGAGCAGAGCAGCGAUGCGCCAAAGCUGCUGCUGAACAAGCAACAAAACUUGAAAAUUAUCGAGGUGUACGCCGCGCACCCGCAACUGUGGGAUACCAAUCAUGCACUCUACAAGCGGCGACGUCUGCGUCAGAGCAUUUUCAAGGCGAUAAGCGAUCAACUGCGCGACGCGCACAACAUAAAUAUAACAGCGCUUAAGCUGAAACAACGCAUUGUGGAGUUUCGCUGCACCUAUCGUAUGGAGAAGGAGCGACGCUGUGCCACCGAGCAGCGAGGUGGAACUUAUGAGCCCUGUUAUGAAUACUAUCAGCUACUAAGCUUUCUGGACGCGCAUAUAGCGCCGUUCCAAUGCGCGGAGUGCAGCGCACAAUUUAAGAAACACACCGAAAUUGAACGUCACAUGCGGCAAGCGCAUAGCAAAAAUAAAAAGAAAACCAUUGUCAAGCAGCGCGCCAAGCCGAUCGCCCACGAAGCGAAAUCCGUCACGCUAGAAAAUGUCUGCCACAUUUGCGGCAUAAGCUUCACGCUGAGCCGCAACCUCAUGUGUCACCUAAAGCGUCACACAAAUCAGCGCGAAUACCAGUGCGCCCACUGCCCGAAGAAGUUCUUUGACGGCGCCACCAUGCGCGUGCACGAACGCUCACACACCAAAAGUCGCCCCUAUGUCUGCGACCAGUGCGGCGCCAGCUACGCGACAGGCAGUAAGCUGAACCAGCACUUGAAGCGUCAUAGCGGUCAACGCGACUUUACGUGUGAACUGUGCGACAAGGCCUUCUACACAGCUUUCGAAUGCGAGCGUCAUAUGCGCACACACAUGAACAUACGCGAAAAGGUGUGCCCCAUCUGCGGCAGGGACUUCGGCGUCGGCUCGGGCUACUAUGCGCACAUGCUAUUGCAUACGGGCGUCAAGCGAUACAAGUGCAAAAUGUGUGGCAAGCAAUUCGCGCAGUUCGCAGGGCUCUAUAAGCAUCGGAAACGCUAUCACCCGAAGGAAUUUGCGUUGGAGCGCGCGAAAAAGAGCGGACGCGUCGCAAAGGACGUGGCGGAGAAAUAACUGCAUAUAUUCAGUUCAUGAAGGAGAGAUUUAAAGCAUUUACAACAACAAUGAUGACAGCAACAAUGAUGACAGCAACAAAAACGAAGUUAAGUGUAAACCGUUCUCAAGACAGUGGAACGUAACCUGAAUGGGCCCGGCUUUUUAUCCAGCCAAGGACCGUCAACUCGCCA